CCAGCGAUCUACCAGCUGUGUUUUCCAACCGGUUGUUUAUUUUUCUAAACUCUUAAAUUAAAUUAAAGUUAUGUCGAGGCGAGGACUCCUACUAAUGGGCCAGUGCAUGCCCUGCAUCAAGCAGAACGCCUCCAAAAUCCGCAUUCGUCGAAUGGAGCUGGACAAGAACCUGAAUAUGUACUUCAAGAAGGACGAGUUCUACUUCGCCCACGAUCCGCAGAAGGUGUGCAAGACCGGGGACGUGGUCCUGAUACGGGAACUGCCCGAGCGCCUCACCCGCCUCAUCACGCACAACGUGGAGAAAGUAGUCUAUCCGCUGGGUGACAUAACGGACCCGCUCACUGGCAAGAAGGUGGUCGUCGGCAAGUACCGCGAGGACAUCGAGAUGACCAACCAGCUGUUCGGCAAGUCGGAGAAGGCCUUCGACUACGAGAAGGCACCGCCCCGAGGUCGCCUGGAGGGAACCAAGGACUUCACCCACGGGGAAACAUACAUCAAGUACCAUGAGGACGGCAAGGACCAGCCGUUCGCCGUUUAGAGCUCCGCCGGUCGUUUAUCUGUUAAGUUUCCCUUUUGUUUAAUAGUAAAGUGCAUUAAUAUGACGUACA